CCUAGUGAGUUUGAGCACCUGAGCUGACCAGGAACGCAUAGCUGCGGGCUGUGAGGUCUGGUCUCAUCCCCCCGGAAGGUGCCCCUGUGAAGGUGUCCCUGUUUGGGAAGGUGAUGGCCAUCGUUGUCUGAGUUAGACCUGCUUCAGUGUGGGAGCCGUCCUGUGUCACUCAUCUCUCCACCUAAGGAGAUUGAAUCCCUCUCUGGAACUUCUGAAUGUUUUUUUUACUAGUGGGAACACUUUCUAUACAGCAACGCUGAUGGCUUAAUUUUGGCAAGUGCUGGUGUGGCUUUGGUUCUGCUGUGCUUCGCGAAGCUUGAGUCUGAAGGAUACAGGGCUUUCUGGGAUGACAAUAUGACUCACAGUAAAGGAAGAUCUGUCACUCACAAGACAAGUGGCAGUCCAGACACUGGAGGAGGCUUUGUAGACUGGACUUUAAAUUUCAACACAAUUCAGUCGGACAAGUUUUUAAACUUGCUUUUAAGCAUGGUGCCAGUCAUUUACCAGAAGAACCAGGAAGACAGGCAUAAAAAAUCAAAUGGCAUUUGGCAGGAAGGAUUGUCAGGUGCAGCACAGACCUUCGGCAAGAGAUCAGAGCCACAUCUGGACUACCACGAGUUCUCGGAGCAGGCCUUCCACGGCGGCAGCGGGCACGCUCCAGCCAACUGCAGCCCCAAGUAUGACGACUACGCCGGCUAUAACUACUGUGAUGGGAGGGAGGCUUCGGAAACCACCGCCAUGCUACAGGACGAAGAUCUGUCCAGUGAGGGCGAUGAUGUUAUUGUGGAAACAAACCAGAAGCUACCGAGGGAGUCCAGCGGCAUCAUGGCUCUGCAGAUUCUCGUGCCGUUCUUGCUGGCUGGGUUUGGAACAGUUUCUGCCGGCAUGGUUUUGGACGUAGUACAGCACUGGGAGGUGUUCAAGAACGUGACUGAAGUCUUCAUCUUAGUCCCUGCACUUCUUGGUCUCAAAGGGAACUUGGAAAUGACACUGGCUUCUCGGUUAUCCACUGCGGUAAAUGUUGGGAAGAUGGACUCACCCAUUGAAAAGUGGAAUCUAAUCAUUGGCAACUUGGCUUUAAAGCAGGUCCAGGCCACAGUGGUUGGUUUUUUAGCGGCCGUGGCAGCGAUCAUAUUGGGCUGGAUUCCAGAAGGGAAGUAUUACCUCAGCCAUUCCAUCCUUCUGUGCUCUAGCAGCGUGGCAACCGCCUUCAUUGCAUCACUUCUGCAGGGAAUAAUAAUGGUUGGAGUUAUCGUUGGCUCGAAGAAGACAGGCAUAAACCCUGACAACGUGGCCACACCCAUUGCUGCUAGUUUUGGUGAUCUGAUAACUCUUGCCAUAUUAGCUUGGAUAAGUCAGGGUUUGUACUCCUGUCUUGAGACAUAUUAUUACAUUUCGCCAUUAGUUUGUGCCUUUUUCUUGGCCCUGACACCUAUCUGGAUUAUAAUAGCUGCCAAACACCCAGCCACCAGGACAGUGCUCCACUCGGGCUGGGAGCCCGUCAUAACAGCCAUGGUCAUAAGCAGCAUUGGGGGCCUUAUUCUGGACACCACUGUAUCUGACCCAAACUUGGUUGGGAUUGUUGUUUACACGCCAGUUAUCAACGGUAUCGGUGGCAAUUUGGUGGCCAUUCAGGCUAGCAGGAUUUCUACCUACCUCCAUUUGCAUAGCAUCCCUGGGGAGCUGCCCGAAGAGCCCAAAGGUUGUUCCUACCCGUUCAGGACGUUCUUUGGUUCAGGUAAGUGUGUGUGUGUGUGUGUGUGUGUGUGUGUGUGUGUCACUGCUAAGGUCCCCUCCACUUGUACAGUGGAGGAUGUGGACAGUGAGGAUGUGGACAGUGAGGAUGUGGACAGUGAGGAUGUAGACAGUGAGGAUGUGGACAGUGAGGAUGUGGACAUGAGGAUGUGGACAGUGAGGAUGUGGACGGUGGAGGAUGUGGACAGUGAGGAUGUGGAGGACAGUGAGAAUGUGGACAGUGAGGACGUGGACAGUGAGGACGUGGUCGGUGAGGACGUGGACGGUGAGGACGUGGACGGUGAGGAUGUGGACAGUGAGGAUGUGGACAGGGAGGACGUGGACAGUGAGGAUGUGGACAGUGAGGACGUGGACAGUGAGGAUGUGGACAGAGGAGGAUGUGGACAGUGGAGGAUGUGGACAGUGAGGAUGUGGACAGUGAGGAUGUGGACAGUGAGGAUGUGGACGGUGAGGAUGUGGACAGUGAGGAUGUGGUCAGUGGAGGAUGUGGAUGGUGAGGACGUGGACGGUGAGGAUGUGGACGGUGAGGAUGUGGACGGUGGAAGAUGUGGACAGCUCAGGACAUCCCACUCAGAUCUUGGGAUGGUGCGGAGAUCCCCAGAUCCCUGGCUUGCGUCGGACUGCUGCCUGGAGAACCAGACCUCCAGCAGUUUCUCGGUCCCUUCGAAAAAAUGUGUAGCUUCCAUCACCGCAGCCUUGGCCAGUGAAGCUGUCAGGAAGCAUCAGCCUCAAGCAGGGGGCAGCAGGGCUCAGAGUGUGAUGUCUGUGGCAGAAGUCCAAGGGCAUCCGGCAUUCAGCCCCGGGGAUCUUAUUUUUGGUACCUGUCUCUCAGAUUUGGACAAGCCACCCUCCUUCCUGAAACAAGCAGUUCAGGCCGGUGGCCACGUUAAGGGCGGGGAGAUGCAGGCGACAGCGGUCAUCUCUGGUUCUCUCUUGCAGGUGUUCACCUUGCUGUGGAUCGCCGACUGGAUGGUCCAUCGCUUCUGGAGGAAAGGGAAGGACCCAGACAGUUUCUCCAUCCCCUACCUGACGGCACUGGGUGACCUGCUUGGGACAGCUCUGCUGGCCUUAAGUUUCCAUUUCCUCUGGCUAAUCGGAGACCACGAUGGAGACGUUGGGGACUAAUGGAUCCUAGAAGCUGUUGCGGGGUCGCCCAGGAGGAGAACACAAGGCAGCCACUGCUGCCCCUCCCCAGCUCUCUUCAUCUGUUGUGUGACUUAUGCCGGGGUAGUCUGCGGUUCACCCUGACUCCAUAAUGGCCUUAACGUACUUUUUAAGGAAUUUGUGCUGAAACCACAAUGAACGGUAUUUGUGCUGCUUUUUGUAGAAUAAAUAAUUUGACACAGACAUAGAUACAAGCUCACACUCUGAAGUUAAUUAGGAAAGAAUAUAGGAUGUUUACAAUGAAUAAUUUUGAAACCACAGAGCUAGCAGAAAUACACUUUAUUAUUAAGUUAUAGUGCAAGGUUAGAGGCAGGGGAGCCUCAGCCGCCUUUGUCCUACAGCUGUCUCCCUGCAGCGGAUGCUGUGACGGGAAAGGGACCAGCCGAGCUUCCCUAAGUGUUAAUUAUGCCCUCCUCCGCGGGAGCAAGGUUGCCAAUCACUUAUUCCUAAACUGACUAAUUCCUUCUGCUGAACACGUGACAAACUGACUUGUAUUGUGUGUAAAACUGCCCUGUGCCAAUGCUCAUUUUAUGUCAAGUUCUCAACAGGUGAUGCUUUAGGAGAAGGGGUCGCCAUGCCGCCCCCGCAGGACUUCAGUUUGCAGGCCCCUUGCUCUGGUUCCCUCCUCCUGACCCUAAAAGCAGGGGGCCGUUUUGUUCAUUUGGAAAAUGUUGAUCUGAUUUAGAAAAUGGUCAUCAGAGCAGAAAAUCAGUUGAGCUGUAUUUGUGGGCACAGGAUGUGUGUGUGUGUGUGUGUGUGUGUGUGUGUGUGUGUGUGUGUGUGUCCGUGCAAAUAUGUGUCAACAUGUGUGUAUAUGUAUGUUCGAGAGUGUGAGCAUGUAUAAGCAUAUGUGAGUGUAUGUAUGCAUGUGUGUGUGUGUGUGUGUGUGUGUGUGUGUGUGUGUGUGUGUGAAGAGAGAGAGACAGAGGCAGAUAGAGACCAGAGAGAAAGACAGAGAGAGACAGAGAAACAGACAAAGUAAUUCCUUUUUCUAAAGUAAGUACCAUUUAAUAUAAAACUGCUGAGGGAGUAGAGUGCCCAUGACAUUGACUGUCACAGUGAGUUGGUGUUGUGUAACCAGUGGGUGGUUGUAAAUAUAUUGAGGAAGUAUUCUUAUUAUUGUGGAGGCUGUGGUUUAGAGUUAUAUAUUUUUGCUUACGUUUAAACUUCAUUCAAUUCUUCUGCCUUAUAAUCAGACUUUGAAGGCAUGGUUUGAACUAAUUAUGGAUCUCUCCUUUAGAGAGUUGUCACAGAGUGAACAUGCUGACAAAAUAAGCAUAAAGUUUACAUUGAUGAAUAUUUAAUUGCAAAGAUUAUUUUAUGUUUUAAAAAUUAAUAUACCUUUCCUUUUAUUAUAAGGUAUUUGUGAAUUUGGGUUUUGCAUUUGGGCUGUACAUUCUUUUGUUUUGAGACAGCCUUGCUCUGUCUCCCAGGCUGGUCUUGAACCUGAGGCCUAUCCACUGAGCUUCUUUUCUUGAACUCGCAGAGUCAGUACCAGUGUUAGCCCUGGCCAACAGUGUGCAGGGGCCGACAGCAGUCUCUCCCGUCUGGAUCGCAGGGACAGAGGGAUGCAGAGGAGUGACAUUGUUAAGACUGCACAGAUGCAAAGGGGCCAGACUGUUCUAGACCUGUAGACUUCGCUGUGUCCAUCUGCCCAACCCCCCAAAGCACACAAACUCUCCACCUCCUUACCUGAGAGGAAGCCGGCUGGAGAAAGUCCAGUCCAUGUUCCUAGUCUUCAGAAUUGCAGGGAUGCCUCCACCGAAUGUCUUGGUGGUCAGCACAGCCAGCUCGGAGCUAGUCAUGUUCCUAAUGUCAGAGAGACUGUAAAUGAAAUAAUGAAUACUAUAACUUAUAAAAUAUUUUCCACUUUAUGAUGAAGACUUUUGAUUAUAAAACAACACCUCAUUUCUUUUCCUUUUGUUUUUGUUUUGUUUUUCGAGACUGGGUUUCUCUCUGUGUAGCCCUGGCUGUCCUGGAAGUCGCUCUGUAGACCAGGCUGGCCUGAAACUCACAGAGAUCCUCCUGUUUCUGCCUCCCGAGCACUGGGAUUGAAGGCAUGUGCCACCACUGCCUGGUGACGCCUCUAAGCACCAGCCCUCUUCCUAGAGUUACUGUGCCAUGGGAGGAUAACGGGCAGCUGAUGCUCAGCCUUUGUCAGGACAGCAAACCGUCUAAGAUGAGUGCAAUUGGCAAAAACAGACGCGGCCUGAAUGGGUUGUAAAAGGAUAUACAUUUCUUUAAAAACAAUUGCAGAUCUUUGAAAGUCUUCAUGUAAGCAUAUAAGUUUUAUUUACCCAUAAAAUUUAUUAUCAGUCUUAGGUAAACUAACAGUAUUUUUAUACCACAAAAAAAACCCUACUUUCCAAAACUCUUGUCCCACUAAUUUACCAGGCACAUUCUACACACAGCUAAAUAAAUCAUAUUUUUUUAUUCUUGACCAUCCACCUUUUUUUUUUUUUUUUUUGAAAUUUCCAAAGUUUCUUAGAGGCUAAUGAAACACGUGGAGGAUGUCUUAUGGAGACAUCAGAAAACCUCACACCAUAAGCUGCCCGUGAUGUGGCCAAAUGAGUCCUUUAAAGUCUCUCAGGGGGCCGGGCGGUGGUGGCGCACGCCUUUAAUCCCAGCACUCGGGAGGCAGAGGCAGGCGGAUCUCUGUGAGUUCGAGGCCAGCCUGGGCUACCAAGUGAGUCCCAGGAAAGGCGCAAAGCUACACAGAGAAACCCUGUCUCGAAAAACCAAAAAAAAAAUAAAUAAAUAAAGUCUCUCAGGGGUGGGGCGUCCCUUCCUCCCUGUGUCUAAGGUAUAGUUUACCCGCUGACCGUGGGCUCUGGCACCUUGGAAUUGUGAAAACCCAGUCAAAAUAAAAUGUGAGAAGCA